UGGCUGAAAGGACAUCCCAGUCAGGCAGGGAGCUAGACUGGCUCCCAGCACUGCCAUGAAUCACUUCCAGGCCAUUCUGCCCUGCGUCCGGAGACUGCUCUUGGAUCAGCAGCCCAGGCAGGUUCAGGCACUCCUGGACAGCCUGCUGGAGGCCCAGCUCCUCUCCCAGGAGUACCAUGAUGCCCUGCUUCAAGAGCCAGAUGGUGAGGCUCUAGCCAGGAAGAUCUCCCUGAGCCUUGUGGAGAAAGGGGACCUGGACUUGGCCCCCUUGGGUUGGGCCUGGAGCUGGCUGCAGGCCCCACUGAUCGAGUGGGGCCCUAGCUACCAGAAUCAUGGUGGCGGUGGACAGCUUGCAGCCAUGGAGCUGGGGUUGCCAGAAGGCGGGUAUCUGGAGCUCCUGCACAGCGACAUGGAUCCCCUGCACCUCUUCCACUUCUAUGACCAGAUGGACCUGGCCGGUGAAGAAGAGAUUGAGCUGUGCUCAGAGCCUGACACAGACACCAUCAACUGCGAGCAGCUCACUAAGCUGCUGUGUGACGUGGAUGGGGAUGAAGAGACCAAGGAGGCUUAUGCCAAUAUUGCGGAACUGGACCAGUACGUGUUCCAGGACUCCCAGCUGGAAGGCCUGAGCAAGGACAUUUUCAUAGAGCACAUUGGAUUGGAUGACGGCAUCAGCGAGAGUAUGGAGGUGCCAGCAGAAGCCGGGCAGAGAACCCAGAAAAGACCCUUCCCAGAGGAGCACCCCGCAGACCUGAAGCACAGAAAGCUAGUUGAGUCCCCUGCUGUACCCAUAGUGACUGGCAGUUUCCUAGUUGGGCCAGCCAGCAGCUCCACCCUGAUCUGUCCGCCACCACCUGCUCCAUUCAGCCAAGAGCCAGCACUGGGCCAGACUGGCCUGGAGGAAGCUGUCCUGGUGCCCGUGCCCCCAUCCUGGUCCUCCGUGAGCUGCCUCAGUCUCCCUGCUGGGCCCUUGCAGUUCAUCUCCACUGUCCCCACCCUGCCCCAGGGACUCUGGGAAAUCCCAGGAGUGGGGACAGGGCUCUCGGGUAUUGUUAUCUGCCAUGGUGAGAUGCCCCAUGCCAGCCAAGCACCCCCUUCCAGUGGCCCUGCUGUUCACAGUGUCCCAAAGUCCCCAGACCGGCCUGGCUCCACCAGUCCCUUUGCUCCAUCUGCCGCUGACCUGCCCGGCAUGCCGGAACCGGCCCUGACGUCCCGUGCAAAUUUGGCAGAGGACAAAAUGUCCUCCUCCCCACGCCAAGUGUGUCCAGAAGUCUCCAUCAAGCUUCCAAAAUGGUCUGAGACAGUGAAGCAGUUCUGCCACUCACUGCAGGACAAGUAUCGUGCUGAGCCCACAGGCCCGGAGGGCUUCCUGGUGGAGGUGGGGCUGAUAAGGGCCAGGCUGGAGAAAGGCAGCAACAAGAGCCAGGAGAGGGAGCUGGCCAUACUGGACUGGGCGGAGCGGCAGCCGGCCAGCGGGGGUCUGGCCGAGGUGCUGAUGGCUGCGAAUGACCGCCGACGACCACGGCAGACGCGAGUGAUUGCCGUGCUGGGCAAGGCUGGCCAAGGAAAGAGCCACUGGGCCCGGUCAGUGAGCCGGGCCUGGGCCUGCGGCCAGCUCCCACAGUAUGACUUUGUCUUCUACGUCCCCUGCCAUUGCUUGGACCGUCCAGGGGACACCUACCGUCUGCAGGACCUGCUCUGUCCCCCGGGCCUACAGCACCUGGCCUUGGACGACGAGACUGUCAGCCAUAUCAUAAGGAGGCCCGGCCAUGUCUUGCUCAUCCUGGAUGGAUUUGAGGAACUUGAGGUCCAGGAUGGCUUCCUGCACAGUGCGUGCGGACCCGUGUCCCCAGAGCCCUGCUCCCUGCGGGGACUGCUGGCUGGCGUGUUCCAGGGGAAGCUGCUGCGAGGCUGCACGCUGCUCCUCACCGCCCGGCCCCAGGGCCGUCUGGUCCAGAGCCUCAGCAAGGCCGACGCCCUGUUCGAGGUGGCCGGCUUCUCGCCGGAGCAGGCCCAGACGUACAUCAGACAUUACUUUGAGGACUCAGGGACAACAGAGGGCCAGGAGAGGGCCGUGGCACUCCUACAGGACCAGCCGUUUCUCCUCAGCCAUGGGCACAGCCCUGCCCUGUGCCACACGGUGUGCCAGCUGUCCAAGGCCCUGCUGGACGGGGACACAGAGGCAAAGCUGCCCUGUACACUCACGGGACUCUAUGUUGGCCUACUCAGCCCUGCGACCCGGGACAGUCCCCCGGGGGCCCUGGCAGGGCUGGCCCAGCUGGCCUGGGACCUGGGCCGCAGACACCAAGGUACCCUUCGGGCAGCUCAGCUGCCAUCGGCAGAGGUGAGGACCUGGGCGGUGGCCAAGGGCUUGGUGCAGCCGGUGCCUGGAGUCUUGGAGGCUGAGCUGGCCUUUGCCAGUUUUCCCCUGCAGUGCUUCCUGGGGGCCGUGUGGCUGGCCCUGAACAGUGACAUCAAGGACAAGGAGCUGCCUCAGUACCUGGCAUUGACCCCGAGGAAGAAGAGGCCCUAUGACAACUGGCUGGACGGGCUGCCUCGCUUUCUCACCGGGCUCAUUUUCCAGCCUCGUGCCCACUGCCUGGGGGCCCUGCUGGGGAUGGCGGUGGCCACGGUGGCUGACCGGAAGCGCAAGGUGCUCACCAGGUACCUGAGGCGGCUGCAGCCGGGGACACUGCCGGCCGCGCGGCUGCUGGAGCUGCUGCACUGCGCCCACGAGGCACAGGAGCCCGGGCUCUGGGAGCACAUGGUGCGCCAGCUCCCCGCCAGCCUGUCCUUCCUGGGCACCCGGCUCACGCCCCCCGAUGCACAGGUCCUGGGCACGGCCUUGCAGGCGGCCGGCCGAGACUUCUCCCUGGACCUCCGCAGUACUGGCAUUGACCCCUCUGGACUGGGGAGCCUCGUGGGACUUGGCUGUGUCACCUGCUUCAGGGCCGCCUUGAGUGACACAGUGGAGCUGUGGCAGUCCCUGCAACAGGGUGGGGAGACCCAGCUCCUCCAGGCAGCAGAGCAGAAGUUCACCAUUGAACCGUUUAAGGCCAAGUCCCCGAAGGACGUGGAAGAUCUGUGCAGCCUGGUCCAGACCCAAAGGUUGAGAAGCUCCUCGGAGGACGCAGCUGGGGAACUUCCUGCCAUCCGGGACUUGAAGAAGCUGGAGUUUGCGCUGGGCCCCAUCUUGGGCCCCAAAGCUUUCCCCAAGCUGGUGGGGAUCCUGCCGGCCUUCGCCUCCCUUCAGCACCUGGACCUGGACUCCCUGAGCGAGAACAAGAUCGGGGACGAAGGCGUCUUGCAGCUGUCGGCCACCUUUCCGCAGCUGAAGGCACUGGAGACCCUCAACCUGUCCCAGAACAGCAUCACAGAUGUGGGUGCCUGCCAGCUUGCCGAAGCUCUGCCCUCCCUUGCCACGACCCUGCUGAGGCUCAGCUUGUACAAUAACUCCAUCUGCGACGCGGGAGCCGAGAGCCUGGCACGUGUGCUUCCCGACAUGGGGACGCUGCGGGUGAUGGACGUCCAGUACAACAAGUUCACAGCCGCAGGUGCCCAGCACCUGGCUGCCAGCCUGAGGAAGUGCCCGCACGUGGAGACCCUGGCGAUGUGGACGCCCACCGUCCCCUUUGGUGUCCAGGAACAUCUGCAGCAACAGGACUCUCGGAUCAGCCUGAGAUGACCAUGCUGUCCCCUGGACAAGGUCACUGACCACACUGGACCUUGAACAGGAGACUCACUUGUGGACACAGCGCUUCUCUGGGUCCUAUCCCAUGAGCCCUGCAUCCUGGCACCCCGCCCCUGCCAGCUCAGGGUUGGCCCCUGACCAGCUGCAAAUGGACCCAGGCUCAGCUCCAGGCUCCUUAAGGGCCCAGGUAGAUGCCAGCCCUGUUUGGCUGCUAUGACCCCUGGCAGACUGAUGGGCGCCUUGUGGCACCUAUGGUCCACACAAUGUCAGAGGCACUCCCUGCAGACACAUGAUACAGCAGUGACCAGGCCAGAGUGAGGGUCCGAGGCAGCCAUGUUUCAGCCUGCCCAGGCUCGGCCAGCCCCACGAGGAAGUACUUGUCCAUCCUCAGACUAGACACUGAUAGACCCACUUGGCACUCCGAAGAUACCGGUGGGCCACCCCCGCCUGCUGAUCCCCAAAUGUGACAGGGGUCCUGUGGCAGCUGCUGUCUGUCGGGAGCACUCACUACUUGCACUGACUUUUGGCUAAGGCCAUGCUAGGCCCUGCCAGAACACUGCACCUUUGCUGGGCAGCAUCAAAUGUUACACUACAGGAGGAAGGAGGGGACAGCCUGGAACCGCUCCUGCCCUUCCCUUCGUUUUCACUACACUAUAAAUGUUCAACACAGGUCUGGGGCUUGAUGUCACAGCAUGGGUUCCAUCCGGGGUACCUACUAUGCUGGUCAUGUACUGGGAAAACACCACUCCAUACCAUAUCUGAGAACAAUGUGGGCGUCAGUUCUGCUCACACAGUUCUGGCAUUUGGGCAGGGUCCCAGGGACGACUCACCUGUGCCCCUGGGCAUCAGCUGGGGCAGCUUGAAGCCAGCCUGGGGUCAUUGGAAGGCUCCUUGGCCUGUGUGUCUGGUACGUGACAUCAGCUGUUGGCUGGGGCCUCAGGUCCCCAAGAGGGAUAGCUGGCUGGAACCGCUCUAUGGGGCUGGUUUGGGCUUCCUCAUAGCAUGGGGGCAGGGUUGAAGGUGGGUGAUCAGAGAAAGAGGAAAGAGGAAAGGGGAGACAGAGAGAGAGACAGAGAGAGAGAGGAGAGAAGAAAAAGAGAAGAGGAGGAGGAGAGGAAGGAGAGAGAAGAUAGAAGGGAAGAGAGAGGCCAUCAGAGACCACUUGUGUCCUCUUCAUAGACUUAGAGGUCACAUUGUCACAUUGCUUCUGCCACAUUCUGUUAGCUGCUGUGACAGAGCAGGGCCUCCUUGUCCCAUCCUGUACCACGCAUACACAC